GCGAAAGGAAGGGGACGGGGUCGUAAAGGGAAGGUAAGGUUUACCACACUUCCCAACUCAACUGCAAUGUCAUCGGCAUCUGCAGCGAGUGUUCCACAGGAUCCCGUGUCCAAAAUUGCUGAUCGUUUGGUCAUUCCGAUCGAACCAGCAAUCGUCGCUCGGCCGUCCAGCCCAAAACCGAACGGCUCAACUAAGAAUGAGCAGUGUAAGGGAGUAAACAUCCUUACUGUCGCAGGCGCCACCACUACAUCGACGGUUGUGGAUACUGGCGCUAGACUAGUAACUGCGUCUGCGUCUGCCGCUUCGUCUGCCGCUGCCCCUGCCGCUGCGUCUGCUGCGGUGUCUGGCGCUACGUCUGUCGCUGCGCCUGCCGCUGUCUCUGCCGCUGCUCCUGCUGCAGUGUCUGGCGCUACGUCUGCCGCUGCCCCUGCCGCUGCCCCUGCCGCUGCCCCUGCCGCUGCCCCUGCCGCUGCCCCUGCCGCUGUGUCUGGCGCUACGUCUGCCGCUGCUCCUGCCGCUGCUCCUGCUGCUGAGCGGGAUACAGAAUCGAGAGCACUGUCAGACUCUCUCGUGUUCAAAACACCGCUGGCCAUCCCUUCCAUUACCAUUCCUCUCCGUAACGUAGAUGAGCAGGUUGCGAUCAAACGCAAGCAAAAUCCGGAGACGGAUCACGAGAGUGAUGGCUCUUCUUCAUCCUCACACAGCCUAACGGGCGCGACCAAGCGCAAGCCUGGUCGUCCUCCCAAACGGCUCACUACCACACAAUAGAUGAUCUUAGAUUCGUCGCGAUGGAGCCCAACGAGGUAAAUAAUAAUGUUAAUAGUAGCUAUAAUCUAGCUACUAUUAAUAUUAAUACAAUUUCUAACUCGACGAAACUAGAAGCCCUCAAAACUUUUAUCCGAACAAUGGAUCUUGACGUCAUAUUUCUUCAAGAAGUAUGCGUUCCAGAUCUGUCUAUACGUGGAUUCAAUGUCGUCUCCAACGUUGAUGUUUCGGGGAGGGGUACGGCGAUCGCUUUACGUGAACACUUAAAAUUUUCUCAUGUCGAACGCAGUUUAGAUUCUCGUUUAAUCUGUCUUCGGCUUGAGAAUAAUACCACACUAUGCAAUGUUUACGCUCCCUCUGGGAGUCAGCGUAGAGGAGAGAGGGAGGAAUUUUUUGAGCAAACGUUGGCGUUCUACCUGCGAAAUGCAUGCCAGCAUGUCAUUCUUGCAGGCGAUUUCAACAGUGUGUUGGAGUCAAAGGACGUGACGGGGGCGAGGAAUUUCAGCCAUUCUCUCCGAAACGUAGUAAACACCAUGGGUAUGUGUGACAGUUGGGAAGCUCUCAGAGGUAACUCUGUUGAGUUUUCUUAUGUCACAAGUGGUUCUGGUUCACGUAUCGAUCGUUGUUACGUCUCGUCGUCACUAAAAGCACAGUUGAGGACGACUGGUAUGCAUGUACUGGCCUUUUCGGACCAUAAGGCCCUCACUGUCCGUCUUUGUAUUCCAGCUCAGCCGAGCCGUGUGCGCAGCAACGGUUACUGGCAGCUGAGACCACAUAUUUUAACAGAA